AAUGAUAGAGAUUUACAGGAGUUAGAUGCAUCACUAUCAGCGCUGGUUUUUCAGGAACUGUCCAGAUACUCCGUAUUACGAGAGACUGACUAGCAAGCUAACUGUUAGCUGUGCUUAACUGGAUGAUGAGCUCACUAAGUGUAGCUCCUUUAACUUCGAUGUCUGCCCUGUAGCUACCGUAGCUAGCUAGGUAGCUGUAUCUUCUGUCUACGUUAGCAACAUGAGGCGGGGUAACUGGCUAGGUCGCUAGCUGAUGUUGUCAACACAGAAAAGAAUGGAGAAUGUGAGGGACUGGAGCUGUUCUUUGUGACUGAUGUUAAUUAUGUCCGUUUUUAUCAAGAAGGUUGUCCGCUGACGAUCACAGCUCUUGCAAGGUGAUGCUAGCUAAAGUUAGCUAGCAAAGCGAGUCAGGUCAUGUCUUUAAAGGUGAAGAUGGAAGUCAGCGGAGUGUCCAGGACGCCGAUUUCCAUUCUGCCUGCUGCUGAGAUGAAGGCUACUCUGACACCGGAGGCCGAGAAGCCGCGAUGCUCCAGUACGCCCUGCUCCCCGAUCAAAAGUACUGUUUCAGGAUACCAGAUCCUCCAUAUGGAUUCCAGUUACCUCGUGGGCUUCACCACGGGUGAGGAGCUUCUCAAAGCGGCCCACAAGUGGUCGGGCGCAGAGGCGGCGGCGGCGGAGGCCCUGCCGAGCCCGUGCACAAAGCCGAUAGACCUGGGCCUUCACCGGGCCUCUCGUGUUUACAAAACCAAGAGCCGCUACUACCAGCCUUACGACAUUCCGGCGGCCAGUGGCCGGAGGAGGAGGCGGAUGCCCAGCUCAGGUGACGUGUGCCUCAAGUCUCUGGCGAUGGAGCCCAGCAGGGCCCUCCAUGGCCCUCUCCCGCUCUGCCUUCUGAAAGGAAAGAGAGCACAUUCCAAGUCGUUGGACUACCUCAACCUGGACAAGAUGAGCAUCAGAGAGCCUGCAGACACAGAAGUCUUGCAGUACCAGCUCCAGCACCUUAACCUCCGCGGGGAGCGGAUGUUCACCAGGAACAAAACAUGAAUAAGGGCUCCUGAACAAAGAGUUAAUCGUCCUUUCAUUAGUUUCCUGCAGGUUGUUGAUCCUAUUAUAUUAACUCUGUGGUCUACUUUGAGAUUCCACUAGCCAGAUUGAAAGAUGACUAUUUUGGUUUUAAAAAAUGUGUGUGCAUCUAGAGGGCUAAUAAAAAUAGGCAGAUGAAGUAAUUCAGUGUAAGCAAUAAUACGAAUAUGUUUGUAUUUGUGUAUGUUUAUGUUGAUGAGGGUUUUAAGAAGUACAUCCAUUGUAAUGUUGUAUUUAUUUUUCUGCCUUUUUAAUUGCACUGAUAGCCAUGGGAGUAUACAGUGUAUGAACUACAAAUACAUCAAGAAACUAUAGCCAACUCCUGUCAGCCCCCAAUCCUUUACAGAUGGCCAUCUCUACCUUAAGGACCUUAAUAACUAAGCAACUGUAUAUGAAACAAUGACUGUUAAAGAAACAUAUUGAUAUUUAAACCAUAGGUUUUUGAGAGGGUUUGCAGAGGACUACUUUACUGAUUGCUUGUGUUAGGAUCUGAUCCUUCCACAUAAUUAAA